CCUGGGCCCCCCUCUUCCCCGCCGCGUCCCCUCUCGUGCCCUAGCCGUUUGCGAGGAGGGGGAAGCUCCGAGCGUUUGGAUGCGCGCGAGCCGAUGGCGACGCCGGCCACCGAGAAGCCCGACGGGGUGGAGAUCCGCGAGGUCUGGGCGGACAACCUCGAGGCCGAGUUCCUGGUGAUUCGGGACAUCGUCGACAGGUUCCCGUACGUCGCCAUGGACACGGAGUUCCCCGGCGUCGUCUGCCGCCCUCUCGGGACGUUCAAGUCCGCGGCCGACUUCAACUACGCGACGCUCAAGGCCAACGUGGAUAUGCUCAAGCUCAUCCAGCUCGGUCUGACCUUCUCAGACGAGCGCGGGGGCCUUCCUGCUCUCGGUCCUGAAGGUCGGCCGUGUGUUUGGCAGUUUAACUUCCGUGGAUUUGAUCCUCGCAAUGAUGUUGCCGCGUCGGAUUCCAUCGAACUGCUCCGCCGGAGCGGUAUUGACUUCGCACGUCACUCUGCGGACGGUGCCGAUGCCUGCCGCUUCGCUGAGCUGCUCAUGUCCUCGGGUGUUGUCUUGAAUUCGGAGGUCCGCUGGGUUACCUUUCAUAGCGGCUACGACUUUGGCUACCUGCUUAAGUUGAUUACCGGCACAAACCUGCCGGACACAAUUUCCGGAUUCUUUGACCUCAUCAGGAUAUACUUCCCUGUUGUAUAUGACAUCAAGCACUUGAUGCGGUUCUGCAACAGCCUCCAUGGUGGGCUGAACAAGCUUGCUGAGCUGCUUGAUGUCGAGCGUGUUGGAAUCUGUCAUCAGGCGGGGUCUGACUCGCUGUUGACCGCGCUCUCAUUCAAAAAGCUCAAGGAGUCAUACUUCAAUGGGUUAACCGAGAAAUAUGCCGGUGUGUUGUAUGGUCUUGGCACAGAGGGUGGGGAGACCACCUCUGCUGCUCACUAAGUAAUGGAUAGUUAAAUAAAGGAUGAACUGCAUUUGAGACAAAAAAAAUGAGAAAUUUGUCUGGUGAAUGUGUGCUGCUUGAGUACUUCCUUUUGCUUGGCACCAGGAAGGUACACCAUUUUUACCCUCAAUCGUGGUUUACUCUUGGUUCACUUAGAUUAGGUGCAAGACUUAUUUGGUGCUGACUUAGCAGUCGAAGCAAAUAGAGCAUUGGGCACCAUUGUAACU